AUGAUAGAUAAAGAAAAAGGCCGCGAAGAUGGUGGUAGGACUGGCGUCUAUCGCGGGAUCGACCUAGGGGACUCUGUUGAUCUAUCUCUGGAAGAUAUACACCACCAUCCUCUAGCCACGGAUCAUGCACUCCACUGGAUAUCUGGCGCGUUUAAACGGACGUCACGGCAAGCGCUGGAGGUCUACCUCCACGUACCACCUCCCGAACUCACGCUCGCGAGAUUGGCGGAGGAGGCAUGUCUACGGCUGAUGACCUCACCUCUACGAUCGACCCUUCACUCUACGCGGACUCACGCACAUCAGAAUGACCCCUUUACGUCGCCACUACACCGGCUGGAGGCAGUCAUUGACCGAAAACUCAGACGUGGCAUCUGCCACUGGAUCGAGACCAUUCACCUCUUUGUGGUGCCACUAUGGUGGGAAUCACCAGACAUGAGAAUCGACGAUACACGGGAAGAUGCCGUUAAUGCACAGACUACGACAAAAACAGGACUUCAAUUCUUUACAGAUGGGAGCGGAUUUAAUAAUAGGAUUAGUGGUGCGGUGUACUCACCAACACUCGGCUACGUGGCGAGACUAGUGGGCUCGUCUGAGACACACACCGUCUACACCAGUGAGCUGGAGGGAAUUGACGCCGCAUUGAGCCUCCUGAUCUGGAACCAGCACCACAUUGAUACUACAUCCUCUAGGCAGUACAUUCUGCGCCAAAUCGUCCGUCAACUGGACCUGCUACGGGACCCGAGAUCCAGGUGGAGAAUACGUCUACAGUGGGUGCCAGGGCAUGAGGGUGUCCCUAGGAAUGAAGAAACAGACCGGUUGGCAAAGCUCGCCGCGGUGGAAGCCACACAACGGACACAGGAGAAUGAGCGUAGAGCUCGGAUUAAUGCACCCAACCAGACUACGCCUCACGCCGCACGCGUCUCCUACAACCCGUAUUACUCUAUGAUCCUCGUGGCGGUGUGUAGGCAGCGUCUGCGAGCGGGCUUCGCAAACCGGUGGAAAGAGCAGUGGGAUGGUGCCGAGCAUGGACGGCACCUCCACUGGAUCAUACGGACACCAGCAAAGAAGGUCUUACUACUGCAUGAAGGACUGCGGAGAGCGUGGAGCUCCGUGCUCAUCCAGCUGCAAACCGGCAAAUCGGCGCUCCGCGGAUAUCUCGCGAGCGUCAAUAUCGAGGACUCACCCAUAUGUCAAUAUGGACGUGGUAACCAGACAAUGGUGCAUGUGCUUGUCCUAUGUCCUCUCCACACACAGCUCCGUACGGAGACCCUAUAUGUAGAAGCACGUGAAAUUAAUGACCGGAAGCUCCUUUCCGAACCCUGUUGGGUGCGAAAAUGUAUCGAAUUUGUAUUAUGA